AUGAACGCGAGUAUACUUCAAAUAUUGUCUGAUUUGCUACUAGAAAUAGUUCAAUUAUCUACAGUUGAAUAUCUUAAAUUAAUUUAUGAAUAUUUGAUUGGAGAGAUUACAGACAAUACAGCAUACCUUUCAGGUGAUAAAAAAGAAGCUUUCAGAAAACUUUCAAACACUACAGGAUCAAAAGUACUACAUCCCUAUAAUUUACUUUAUUUGGCAUAG